AUGGGCAGGAUCAACCCAGCCAUCCCCCCCAACGACCCCCACACCCCACGCUGGCUCCUCGACCUCGAAGAAUGGAGAAUCCACCCCUACACCUCCAUCCCGGCCGCCACCCUGGAAGCACACGGGUACGGCGUCGUCUCCUACACCUGGGGAUACAUUGUCGCCACUCCCGGCCAACCGGCCCCGAACCCCCCGGCAGGUCUCCUAUGGGACGUCCCCACCGUGAGCGCCUGGCCGCUCUCCCGCGCCCGAGAGGUGAUGCAGACGAUCGGCACGCGGUACGUAUGGUGGGACUGGAUGUGCGUACCGCAGCGCGGGGAGGGGUUGCGGCCGUUGAGUCGGGAGUUGGAGGUUGUGCAGGCGGAGGAGAUUGGGAAGCAGAUGCAUAUCUACGGGAACGCGACGAAGAGCAUCAUCUGGCUCCACUCCACCAACUGGACGACAACCCCCGCCUCCGCUAUGCAGGAACUCCUGCAUCUUCGACUAUACUACGACGAAGAUACCGCCCCAGAUCCAAACACAACUCCAACCAGCCUCCAAAACCACGCCAAUCACAUCGCCGCGCAGCUCGCCCUCGCGCACGAACAGGAACACUGGACGCGCUCCGGCUGGACCCUCCAGGAAGGCGUCCUGCUGCACGAGACAGACCUCAUCGACGGACGCGGGGCGCGGCUGACGGAUCUUACUUCUCCGGGGUACUUUCUGGGCGACCACGCAACAGUGGCUGAUUUGACAAUCCCCGUCACGCGGUUGGCGUUUGAACUGGCGAUUGCGUAUUUCAUGCAGAGUCAGGGGUAUGAGCCGGAUGUGGGGGCGCCG